AUGAGUCCUGCGACGGGCGGCGGGACUCUCUCCUCUCCGGCGCACGCCGGAGACUCUUCGGCGCUCUUCACGAUUCCGUCAAACAUGCCGACCUCCGCGCUUCCGUACCACUACCUCGGUCAGGAGGAGCUGCUGACGAUUGACAAGCAGAUGGACAGACUAUUCAAAUGCGAAAAACUCGACGAAGAGGAAGUGCGAAGGCUGUGCGCCGUUCUCAAGGACAUUCUGGUGCAAGAGGCGAACGUGCAGCCCGUGAGGACGCCGGUGACGGUCGUGGGCGACAUCCACGGCCAGUUCCACGAUCUUUUGGAGAUCUUCAAAUGCGCUGGAACUUGCCCGUCGGUUAACUUCUUGUUCCUCGGCGACUACGUCGACCGUGGCCUGAACUCUGUGGAGUCUGUCAGCUUGGUAUUCCUCCUGAAGGUGCGAUAUCGGCACCGAGUGACGCUGAUUCGCGGCAACCACGAAAGCCGGCAAAUCACGCAAGUAUACGGAUUCUACGACGAGUGCUUGCGAAAAUACGGAAACGCCAACGUCUGGAGUUACUUCACAGAUGUCUUCGACUACCUCCCUCUGAGUGCGCUGAUAGAGGACCAAAUCUUCUGUCCGCACGCCGGGCUCUCGCCGACGAUCGAGACUCUGGACCACGUGCGACUCCUCGAGCGAUUUCAAGAAGUUCCACACGAAGGCCCCAUGUGCGAUCUCCUCUGGUCUGACCCGGAGGAGCAGAUGCCCGGAUGGGGCAUGUCGCCCCGAGGCGCAGGCUACACCUUCGGACAAGAUAUCUCUGAGAAAUUCAAUCACGUGAACGGCCUGAAGCUCAUCGCGAGGGCGCAUCAACUCAUCAUGGAGGGAUUUCAGUGGUCGCAGGCGAACAACGUGGUCACGAUUUUCUCUGCUCCGAACUACUGCUACCGCUGUGGGAACCAGGCUGCAAUCAUGAAGAUCGAUGAGCACAUGAACUAUACUUUCAUUCAGUUCAACCCGUCGCUGCUGCAGGCGUCUGGGACGGAAGUCCAGAAGAAAAUCCCGGAUUAUUUCCUCUAG